AGUAAAGGUCGUGGUCGACAUUGUAAAUUUGUAAUCGAAGAACGUAUGAGCGAGUUUUAGGAAUAAAUUUGACGACGUGGUGGAUUUCCAAUCCAUGCUUCCUCCGUCGGCUCCCCACUGUCUUCUAUCUAUUCUCUCGGCCUCUGUUUCCGUCUCUGAGAACGCCACCUGAUGUCUAGGCUUCUCACCACCACCGUCCACAUUUCCGCUGUUAUCCUCACCAAAUCCCGGCCGCCGCGUUACCUUUCCCCUUCUCAGUUCUCCCUUCCACAUGUCACUUCAACUCGCUAUUAUCUGAAACCUCAUCGGAGCGUCUCCAUUCGAGCUAUCAAUUCCUCAUCUGACACCAAAAGUGAAGAUGUUUCCUCAGAGAAUCAGGAGGAUAAAAUCGAGAUCAAGUCUGAGUUGGAUAAUAAUGGCAGUUUAAGAGGCGAUGAUGCGUAUCCUACUGGAGAAUUUGAGUUUGAAAGUCCAGGUGCGUGGAAGAGCUUCGUGGUGAAGCUACGCAUGCUAAUUGCUUAUCCAUGGCAACGUGUUCGCAAGGGCAGUGUUUUGAAUUUGAAAUUGCGUGGCCAGAUAUCUGAUCAGGUGAAGACUCGUUUCUCUUCAGGGUUAUCCCUGCCUCAAAUAUGUGAAAACCUAAUUAAGGCAGCAUAUGAUCCUCGCAUAUCCGGUGUUUAUCUCCACAUUGAAACCCUAAAUUGUGGAUGGGGUAAAAUUGAAGAAAUUCGAAGGCACAUAUUGGAUUUUAGGAAGUCAGGAAAGUUCAUUGUUGCUUAUGCACCUGCAUGGGGUGAAAAAGAGUAUUACCUUGGCUGUGCUUGUGAAGAGCUGUAUGCCCCUCCAAGUGCUUAUUUUUCCUUGUAUGGUUUAUCUGCUCAAGCAUCAUUUCUUGGAGGUGUACUUGAGAAAAUAGGUGUGGAACCACAAGUUCAGAGGAUUGGUAAAUAUAAAAGUGCUGGUGAUCAACUAAUUCGCAAGAAUAUAUCUGAAGAAAAUCGCGAGGUGCUUACAACAUUAGUAGAUAAUAUCUAUGGGAAUUGGGUUGAUAAGAUUUCUCAAGCCAAAGGAAAGAAAAAGGAAGACAUUGAAAGUUUUAUAAAUGAAGGAGUUUACCAAAUAAAGAAGUUGAAAGAAGAUGGAUGGAUAACAGAUAUAAAAUAUGAUGAUGAGGUUACAUCGAUGCUAAAAACAAAAUUGGGCAUUGCAGAAGAGAAAAAACUCCCGCUUGUUGAUUACAAGAAAUACUCAAGAGUUAGGAAAUGGACUUUGGGGUUAUCAGGUGGAAAAGAUCAAAUAGCAGUAAUUAGAGCUUCCGGAAGCAUCAGCCGUGUACGUGGGCCCUUUAGUUCACCCAAUUCUGGCAUCAUUGCUGAGCAAUUCAUUGAGAAGAUUCGCACUGUUAGAGAGUCGAAAAGGUAUAAAGCUGUUAUAAUCCGAAUCGAUAGCCCUGGAGGUGAUGCUCUGGCUUCUGACUUAAUGUGGAGGGAAAUCAGAUUAUUGGCUGAAUCUAAGCCUGUGGUUGCAUCAAUGGUUGAUGUGGCAGCUAGUGGAGGAUAUUACAUGGCCAUGGCUGCGCAAACUAUACUCUCGGAGAACCUUACUUUGACCGGGUCAAUUGGUGUUGUCACAGGUAAGUUCAAUUUGGGGAAAUUAUAUGAAAGAAUCGGUUUCAACAAGGAAGUAAUAUCAAAGGGACGAUUUUCUGAGUUGACUGCUGCUGACCAGCGACCAUUCAGACCAGAUGAAGAGAAACUGUUUGCAGAGUCUGCUCAGAAUGCUUAUCAACAAUUUCGUAACAAGGCAGCAUUUUCAAGAUCAAUGAGUGUGGAUAAGAUGGAGGAGAUUGCUCAAGGGAGAGUGUGGAGUGGAAAUGAUGCUGCUUCACGGGGUUUAGUUGAUGCAAUUGGAGGCUUUUCACGUGCUGUUGCUAUUGCUAAACACAAGGCCAACAUACCUCACGAUAAACAAGUUAGUUUGGUUGAGCUGUCAAAGUCAUCACCAUCUUUACCAGAAAUCCUAAGUGGAAUAGGGAGCAGUGUAAUUGGAAUGGACAUGGCAUUAAAGCAACUGAUGGAUGGGUUGACAUUUAGUGAUGGAGUGCAAGCGCGUAUGGAUGGAAUCAUGUUUGAGAGAUCCGAAGGAUCUCCAUUUGCAAAUCCUAUUUUCAAUUUGCUCAAAGACUACUUGAGUUCUCUUUAAUUUAUAUCCACAUUCACAAGUCAUCGAAUGAGUUAAGUAGAUCAUAUUGGAUGUAAUAUUGUUGUACAUUUCAUGAACGAAAGGUUAUCCAAGAGAUUCAAACCAA